AUGAGGAACGCCGGCUGGGAUGCGCAAUAUGAUACGACUAACGCAAAUGGAUACUUCAAUUUUUGCGUACCGCUCUACAUGUUAUUGGGAUUUUGCGAGGAUUACAGACGCGUGGUGAUUAACGCUCGUCACGAGUUGAUCUUAAUACGAUCGCGCAACGGCAACAAUUGUCUGAUAGGAAAUUUGGCACUGAAGCCUGCGAUCGACAUAUUCAAGAUACAAUGGCGAAUGCCGCACGUGGUAUUGAAUGAGAUUAAUAAGCUGUCGAUGCUGCGCGCCUUGGAAAGCGGACAAUACAUCAGCAUAGAUUUUCGCUCGUGGGAUCUGUACGAAUUUCCGCUAUUGCAUCGUACAACCAAACAUUCGUGGCCCAUUAAGCCCGCGACUCAGCUGGAGAAGCCGCGAUACGUUGUCUUUGUUCUGCAGACAGGCCGGAAGAACGUCAUGUUCGAGGAUUCGAGUCGAUUCGACCAUUGCAAAUUGACCAACGUGAAACUCUAUCUGAACUCGGAAUGUUAUCCGUACGACGAUAUGAAUCUAGAUUUCGAUAAAAACAGAUGGUCGAUUCUGUACGACACGUACCAGCGUUUGACACAUGGGAAUCGCUAA